AUGGAGCUACCCUCCUCAGAGCACAGGUGUAUGAACACUGUUUAUACAGAAGUGAACAGUGAUCACGAAAAACGGGGAAAGUGUGGCCAGAAGGACCAGGGAAAUGAUUCUUCCCCUGUACCCAGCACUGGUGAGGCCACACCUUGAGUACUGUGUCCAGUUCUGGGCCCUCAGUUCAGGAAGGAUAUUGAGGUGCUGCAGCAGGUCCAAAGAGUAACAAGGCUGAUGAAGGGACUUGAGCAGAAGUCCUGUGAGGAGAGGCUGAGGGAGCUGGGGUUGUUUAGUCUGGAGAAAAGGAGGCUCAGGGGAGACCUCAUCACUCUCUACAACUCCCUGAAAGGAGUUUGUAGCCAGGUGGGGGUUGGUCUCUUCUCCCAGGAAACCAGCAGUAGGACAACAGGACACAGUCUAAAGCUGCACCAGGGGACGUUUAGGUUGGACAUUAGGAAGACGUUCUUUAUAGAGAGAGUAAUUGGACAUUGGAAUGGGCUGCCCAGGGAGGUAGUAGUCACUAAAACCUUAGUGGUUUUUGAGAAAACCUUAAAGAUUAUUAAGCACAGAAAAAUAGUAGCAGUAGUAGUAGUCUUGACUGUUAGGUCUUGCUGGAAUUUGAAAGGUAAACAUUUUUCAUCCCAUGAACUAAGCUGUGCUAAUUGUAUUUGUUAAUGGUUAUAAGUCAUUCAUAGUUACAGCAACAGCAAGGCGCCACAAUUCUGGAGAAGGACUCCUUCUCUGUUAAAUCU